UCCGCACUUGCGAUUCUAGUAACCCACUGCCCAGACCCAGAUCCGUCUGCCGGUGAGAGAAAGUCAGACACAGACUCAGACGGGAGGGAAAAGUUGGCAAAUUGGAUUUACCCCUCGGAUCGGACCCUGUGACCCUUUCCGUACUCUUCUGAUAUGAGAAAGAGCCUUUCCGUGAAAUGACGGAAACGGUCUUAUCAAAGGCGAACAUUCAUUUUGAAGGGCAUUUCGAAGGUGAUAGCAGCCGUAAGAUUACAACACGAGUUUGACCUCAUUAAAUAUUGGUCUGUCGUCCGAGCUAAAGCCGCCGGGAUUGAUAAAUACUGGUACGACGAAAUGACGACUCACAAGAACGCCGGUAAGUCGCCUGCCUACACGUAGUUGCGAAGCGAUGGCUCCAAGAAGCUGUAAAGUGUGUGAUGGUCUAAGAAUGGCCAGUGGGACAAUACCUAAUGGGAAAAAUACACUGGAGGCCAUUGAAUAUCCAUGUAUGCCUUGGUUCGGUAUGGAUAUCGGUGGCACUCUCACGAAAUUGGUGUAUUUUGAACCGAAAGACAUAACGCCGGAUGAAGAAAACGAAGAGGUCGAAGUUCUGAAAAACAUUAGGAGGUAUUUAACGAAAAAUUCGGCAUAUGGGAAAACAGGACAUCGCGAUAUACAUCUUCAGAUGGAUAAUGUCGAAAUCGGAGGGCGGAGGGGAUCCGUGCAUUUUAUACGGUUUCCUACGUCAGAAAUGAAGAAUUUUUUAUCUCUAGCGAAAAAACAAGGGAUGGCAACUUUGAUAACAACAGUCUGUGCCACAGGAGGUGGUGCCUACAAAUUUGAAGACAUCUUUGCUAGUGAAGUAAAUAUGAGGCUUGCCAAAUUCGACGAGCUCGAUUCGCUCAUCAGCGGCAUGCUCUUUGUAGAACUUAACAACCCCCGAGAAGUCUAUUAUUGGUCACAUCCUACAGAAGAAGAAAGGUGUAAAAAAGAAGGCUAUGACUUCAGUAAUCCUUACCCGUUUAUUAUUGUAAACAUUGGCUCUGGCGUAAGUGUACUUGCUGUAUAUGGGCCUCACAGCUACAAAAGAAUAUCUGGCACAAGUUUGGGCGGUGGGACAUUUUUGGGUUUGUGCUGUCUACUGACUGGCUGUAGUACAUUUGAAGAAGCGAUAGAACUGGCAACAAUUGGGGAUAACACAAAGGUUGACAAAUUAGUUAAGGAUAUUUAUGGAGGUGAUUACACAAGGUUUGGUCUUCCUGGGGAACUGGUCGCCAGCAGUUUUGGGCACAUGAAUUCUAAAGAAAGACGUGAAAAUGUGACUAAAAAUGACCUCGCACGUGCUACACUUGUCACAAUAACAAAUAACAUAGGUUCAAUUGCUAGAAUGUGUGCACUCAAUGAAAAAAUCAAUAAGGUUGUUUUUGUUGGUAACUUCCUACGAGUAAAUCCUAUUUCUAUGAAAUUACUGGCCUAUGCCAUGGACUAUUGGUCUAAAGGCACUCUCAAAGCUUUGUUUCUAGAGCAUGAGGGUUAUUUUGGUGCAGUCGGCUGUUUGCUCGCUUUCAACGAAUUCAGCUGAAUAGAAAAGCUUUACGAAAGUAAUGCUCUCUGUAAAUAACUCCUUGUUGCAGAUAUUCAAAUUAAAGAACAAGUAUUUAAGUGUAUAAUAGUAUUUAAGAAAAAUUUUCUUGUGGUUUAUAUCAAAAGAGGGAAAUUUGUAAAUAGUUUAAUUUAUCAAAUAGUGUUUUAACUACAAUUGAAAAUAUAUAUAUUUUUUAAACUUUAUUUAUUAAUGAACUUAAUUCAUAAAUUAUUUGCCAGAUCAAUUCAUUCCACAAAUUUGCUGUAUUGCUGUGAGGAUAAAAAUGAAUCAAUAUUUAUUUAAAAUGUCUAUAAAGUAAAUAGGUGUUAUAACUAUAUUGUUAACUGUUUUUUAAACUUUUCUGGUACCUUUUUUUUCUUGUUUUUUAACAGGCUACUCUUGAUUUAUUGAAUUUUUUUUAGCAGCCAUUAGUAUUUUAUAAAUCUAUUAACUUUUAUCAGCAAUUUUUAUUUAUUUACAAUUAUUAUUUAUAAAUAAAGACACAUCUGAAGAGCACAUAUCACCAUUGAUUUUUAAUAUGUAUUGCAGACUGUAUUUUUAUGAAUUAUUAAUUUUAUUUAAAAACAAAUUUUCUUUAAAUAAAAAUUAUUUGCUGGCCUAAAUUAUAAGUAGACUUUUUUUUUUUACCUAAAACAAGGUGUGUGUGCAAACACAUAUUUAUGACAAUUAUUUUUAAAAUUUAUAGGUUUAAUAAAUAGUCGUUUUGAAAAAUAAUCUCUUGAAUGUUCUUAUCUAAUAAAUUGUUUGGAUUUAAUUUCAAGAGUGUGAAAAGCAAACCAAAUAAAGUGCAUGUGAUGGUAUCAUUAUUAUUAUUAUUAUUAUACACAAGAUGUUUAUGUAAUAAUAAAUAAAUCAUGAAAAAAUUA